AUGUAUCGGAUUACAAACAUAUAUGUGCUCGCCGCAUUUGGCACCAUUGGCGGUGCCCUUUUCGGUUUCGAUGUCAGUUCUAUGAGUGCCUGGAUUGGCACGAAGCAGUAUCUCGACUAUUUUAACAGCCCUGACUCUAACUUACAAGGUGGUAUCACCGCUUCCAUGUCCGCGGGCUCCUUCGCUGGUGCCAUCGCUGCUGGUUGGGUCUCUGAUAUCGUGGGCCGUCGGAUGUCCCUGAUGAUCGCGAGUGUGAUUUGGAUUAUUGGCGCCGUUCUUCAGCUUAGCGCACAGAAUGUCGCACAUCUGGUUGUUGGACGUGUCGUCAGCGGUCUCUCUGUCGGUAUCACUUCCUCACAGGUCUGUGUGUAUCUUGCAGAAUUGGCUCCCGCUCGUAUCCGUGGUCGCAUCGUCGGUAUCCAGCAAUGGGCUAUCGAAUGGGGUAUCCUGAUCAUGUAUCUGAUCUCGUACGGUUGUGGAAAGGGUAUCGCCGGUCCAGCUUCGUUCCGCGUCGCUUGGGGCAUCCAAGCCGUCCCGGGUCUUAUUUUGCUGUUGGCCCUCCCAUUUUUCCCGGAGUCGCCCCGUUGGCUGGCCAGCAAGGAACGGUGGGAAGAGAGUCUGGACACGCUAGCGAUGCUGCACGGUAACGGCGAUCGCAACGACCCCGUCGUGCAGGUCGAAUGGGAGGAAGUGCAGGAGGCCGUGCGUAUCGCCCAGGAAGCCAAGGAUGUGACCUUUCUCGCUCUGUUUGGACCCAAAAUUUGGAUGCGCACCAUGUGCGGUGUCAGUGUGCAGGUGUGGCAGCAGCUGCUCGGUGGUAACGUUGCGAUGUACUAUGUUGUCUACAUUUUCACUAUGGCCGGCAUGGACAAUAACGCCACUUUAUAUUCCUCCGCGAUCCAAUAUGUGAUCUUCCUUGUGACAACCGGUGUCAUUCUCCCAUAUAUCGACCGCAUUGGCCGCCGCCUUCUCUUGCUAUCGGGUGCCGUCGCCUGCAUGAUACUUCAUUAUGCCAUUGCCGGUGUCAUGGCCAGCUAUGGUAAUCCGGUCGAUGAGAUUGAUGGUAACAAGAAUCUGCGAUGGGAGAUCAAAGGAGCUCCCGGAAAGGCCGUCAUUGCCCUCUCAUACAUCUUUGUCGGCGUUUACGGCCUCACCUGGGCCCCUACCGCCUGGAUUUACGCCUCCGAAGUGUUCCCCCUGAAGUACCGUGCGAAGGGUGUCGGUCUUUCGGCCGCGGGUAAUUGGAUCUUCAACUUCGCCCUGGCCUACUUCGUCGCUCCUGCCUUCACCAACAUCAAGUGGAAGACAUACAUCAUCUUCGGCGUGUUCUGCACGGUGAUGACAUUCCAUGUGUUCUUCCUGUACCCAGAGACAUCGCGUCGGUCCCUUGAAGAAAUCGAUCUGAUGUUCGAGUCGAACGUGAAGCCAUGGCAGUCGAACAAACUCCAGGAUAAGUUUGGAGAGGAGAUUGCGCGGCGCCAGCAGAGUGUGUCGGAUGAAAAGGCAGCAGAUGCAUCCCACCGGGAGGUUGCCUAG